CCUGCGAGCUGGGUCCGGCGGCCGUGCGGGAGCCAUGGCGGCCUCGGAGGCGGCGGCGGCGGGGUCCUCGGCUCUGACGUCGGGUACCAGGGCCGUCCCCGCGGCCAAAAGAGGAGCCGCCGCCGCCGCCUCGGGCCCGUGGGUGCCCCCGGGACCCCGACUGAGGGGCAGCCGGCCGCGACCCGCGGGGGCGACGCAGCAGUCCUCGGCCGCCGCGCUGCCGCCGGGGGAACUGAUCCAGCCGUCGGUGAGCGAGCUGUCCCGGGCCGUGCGGACCAACAUCCUGUGCACCGUGCGCGGGUGCGGCAAGAUCCUGCCCAACAGCCCCGCGCUCAACAUGCACCUGGUCAAGAGCCACCGCCUGCAGGAUGGCAUAGUCAAUCCAACAAUAAGAAAAGAUUUGAAAACUGUACCGAAAUUCUACUGUUGUCCAAUUGAAGGCUGCCCCAGAGGCCCUGACAGACCAUUUUCUCAGUUUUCUCUCGUAAAACAGCACUUUAUGAAAAUGCAUGCUGAGAAGAAGCACAAAUGUAGUAAGUGCAGCAAUUCGUAUGGUACAGAAUGGGACUUGAAAAGACACGCAGAGGACUGUGGCAAGACCUUCCGGUGCACAUGUGGCUGUCCCUACGCCAGUAGAACGGCACUGCAGUCUCACAUCUACCGAACUGGCCACGAGAUCCCUGCAGAACACAGGGAUCCGCCUAGUAAAAAAAGGAAAAUGGAAAACUGCUUGCAAAACCAGAAGGUAUCCAAUAAGACCAUUGAAUCAUCGAACAACCAGCCGGUCCCUAGACCAGACACGCAAGAACUAGAAGCUUCAGAAAUAAAGCUAGAACCAUCUUUUGAAGACUCCUGUGGCUCUAACACUGAAAAGCAGACUCUUACAACACCACCAAGAUAUCCUCAGAAGUUGCUUUUACCAAAACCAAAAGUGGCUUUGGUUAAACUACCAGUGAUGCAGUUUUCUCUCAUGCCUGUCUUCGUGCCUACAGCCGACUCCCCAGCCCAGCCCGUGGUGGUAGGUGUGGAUCAGGGCUCUGCCACAGGGGCUGUGCACUUGCUGCCCUUGUCAGUAGGAACCCUGAUCCUUGGCCUAGAUUCAGAGGCUUGCUCUCUUAAGGAAAGCCUACCUCUUUUCAGAACUGCUCAUCCUGUUGCUCUUGAGCCCAUAAGCACAGGCGUUCAAGUGAACUUGGGUAAAAGUCCAUCGGCUCCUUUACAAGAACUAGGGAACACAUGUCAAAAGAACAGCAUUUCUUCCAUCAAUGUGCAGACAGAUCUGUCUUAUGCCUCACAAAACAACUUUAUACCUUCUGCACAGUGGGCCAGCACUGAUUCCUCUGUGUCAUCUUGUUCCCAAACUGAUUUGUCGUUUGAUUCUCAAGUGUCUCUUCCCAUUAGUGUUCACACUCAGACAUUUUUGCCCAGCUCUAAGGUAACUUCCUCUAUAGCCGCUCAGACUGAUGCAUUUAUUGACCCCUGUUUCCAGUCAGGUGGGGUCUCCAGAGAAACUCAAACCAGUGGGAUACAAAAUCCAACGGAUGACCAUGUACAGAUGGACCAAGCUGCUAUGUGUGGAGACAUUUUUGAGAGUGUUCAUUCAUCAUAUAAUGUUGCUACAGGUAACAUUAUAAGUAACAAUUUAGUAGCAGAGACAGUAACUCAUAGUUUGUUACCUCAGAAUGACCCUAAGGCUUUAAAUCAAGUUAUUGAGAAAUCUGCACCAAUUAUAAACUUCGGUGCACAGAAUAGUAUGCUUCCUUCACAGAACAUGACAGAUAAUCAGACCCAAACCAUGGAUUUAUUCUGUGAUCUGGAAAACAUCUUGUCAAGUAAUCUGCCUGCUCAGACACUGGAUCAUCGUAGUCUUUUGUCUGACACAAAUCCUGGACCUGACACGCAGCUUCCAUCUGGCCCAGCCCAGAAUCCUGGAAUUGAUUUUGACAUUGAAGAGUUCUUUUCAGCCUCAAAUAUCCAGACUCAAACUGAAGAGAGUGAACUUAGCACCAUGAACCCUGAGCCAGUCUUGGAGUCACUGGACAUAGAGACUCAAACGGACUUCCUACUGGCCGAUACCUCUGCUCAGUCGUACGGGUGUAGGGGAAAUUCUAACUUCUUAGGCCUUGAGAUGUUUGACACACAGACACAGACAGACUUAAACUUCUUCUUAGACAGCAGCCCUCAUCUGCCUCUGGGAAGUAUUCUGAAACACUCCAGCUUUUCCAUGAGUACUGAUUCAUCUGACACAGAGACCCAAACUGAAGGAAUCUCCGCUGCUAAAAAUAUACCUGCUCUAGAAAGCAAAGUUCAGUUGAACAGUACAGAAACACAGACCAUGAGUUCUGGGUUUGAAACCCUGGGGAGCUUGUUCUUCACCAGCAAUGAAACUCAAACAGCAAUGGACGACUUUCUUCUGGCUGAUCUGGCCUGGAACACAAUGGAGUCUCAGUUGAGCUCUGUAGAAACCCAGACCUCUGCUGAACCACACACAGCCUCCACCUUCUAAGACCAAAAGUGGAGUCCACUUGUGAUACGGCAUCUACCAUUUCCUCUGGAUUCAACUACAGAAUGGGGACAGCAGUAUUCUAUUGAAUGUAGUCGAUGAUGCAGUUGCUUAAGCUUCUUUGCCUUUUGUACUUGUAAACAUGAAAUUUGUGUAUAAAUGUGAGUCUGUUAUAAAAUGUGAGAUGUUGAUCUAAACUGUUUUUGUGUUGCUUACAUUUGCCCUUUCACAGCUAGUCUUUUCAUAUU